CCGGUCUGUGAGGAGGUUUAUGAGGCACUGCUGGCGGCCGGGCAGGGCUCAGUGUGAGGCGAGCCGUAGAGCGGGAAGGUUGCUUGUGUGCCCCGUUUAGCCGUUAGCUUCCACCACACCCCGCAGCCAGGCCGAGCCAUCAUGGCUGAUCAACUGACAGAAGAGCAGAUUGCAGAAUUCAAAGAAGCUUUUUCACUAUUUGACAAGGAUGGUGAUGGUACUAUAACUACAAAGGAGUUGGGGACAGUGAUGAGAUCGCUUGGUCAAAACCCCACAGAAGCAGAGCUACAGGAUAUGAUCAAUGAAGUAGAUGCUGAUGGUAAUGGCACAAUUGACUUUCCAGAGUUUCUGACAAUGAUGGCAAGAAAAAUGAAAGAUACAGAUAGCGAAGAAGAAAUUAGAGAAGCGUUCCGUGUGUUUGACAAGGAUGGUAACGGUUACAUUAGUGCUGCAGAACUCCGUCAUGUGAUGACAAAUCUUGGUGAGAAGCUAACAGAUGAAGAAGUUGACGAAAUGAUUAGGGAAGCAGACAUUGAUGGUGAUGGUCAAGUAAACUAUGAAGGUAAGGAGUUGUUAACAGAUUCUUCUAAUGCUGGUGGUUGUGUAGAUGCUGAUAGCCACACCAAGUUUAAAUAGGGCAGUGUUAAGGUGAGAUCUUCUCAACAGUUAGUGUUCCUUUAAGCUAUGGACUUUUAGUAUGUACAUCAUGUACCUCUAAAUAGGGUUGAGUGGGUUAUUGCUACCUUUGUGCCAAAGGCAAAAAAUGACUAUUCAACUGUGCACUGUAAGGAUAACUUUCUAAAUCUAAUGAUGUCUAAUGACCAUUAGAAUAAGGAAGCUAGCUGAGAUGUUAACAUACUGUUCAUACUAUUCUGUUCACUAAUAAAGGUUGAUCUGACUGUAGCAAGUCACUCAUCUUUUAUUAAUGCUUUUAAAAUUACUAAUUAAAGGGGGAAAGCCUCUAAAAUACACAUAAAUUUAAAGACCUUUAGAAGACCUCUUAAAUAACUUCACACAAAUCAGCUGCAGCAGUAGCUUAUUUUCUUUCUUUCUUCCUGGCAUUGAAACUUAAAGUCAUGUGAGCAGGAGGAGUUCUGUUAGACAAUUGCUUGCAGCUCAGAAGUGUUAAGCUUGUUUUCACUUUGUAACUUUCUGAACAUUUUUAUAGAACAGAACUAGGGUAUUUUCAGAUAAUACCCUUACUGUUUCUGAGGUGUAGGUAUGGCUUCCCUUUAAGGCCUUUUUAGUUGUGGCCUCAGGAUGAGCAGUCAUCUGUGAGUGAAAAGGUGUUUUUAUGAACAAGGCUGGUGCUCCAUAACUCUGCUUAGGAGUAGACUGUUUAGAGGCUGGCACUAGAGAGGGUAGACAUCCCUCUUGUUUCCAGUUGCUCUUUUGUAACUCGAGCAACCAGUUAACUGCUUUUAGGUUCCUGGUUUCUUUUUAUUAUUGCACCUGAAACUGGUUCAGCAAGAUAAGUGAAGAAUCCUAUUUUGUGGGAUCUAACUUCCAAUGUGCUGUGAAUAAGCAGUGAUUCAGAUGCUUAAAGAUGGUCAGAUAAAAUAGCAAGACUUGAACUAUUCUGCUUUGAAAAAAAUUCAAACCAACAGAGUGUUUUGCUUGUACACCUACUUAACCAAUCAUUGCUUAAGCACAAUUUCUGCUGAUCUCAAUCAUUCUUCGAUACCUUGUCCCUAUCUGUAAGUCAGUGAACAUGAGGACCCUGCAAUGUUUUAGUUUGGAAGCAAGGCUGUUCUCCAGUUCACUGAGGGAUGAACUUUUUUAUAAAAGUGGAGGCUUUUUGCCUUUAAAAAUAGGAGGUUUUUAGGUGGGAUUGGUGGAAAAAUGGGGCUGUCUUUAAGAUGCUUUUUUGAAUGUAACUGAAAACAGUUUUGAAAGUGUUCAGCACUAGUAAGGCAGGUCACAUCUCAGAUCUUUCAAUUCAGAUUUUUCUCUGAGUAACUCUUAUGCAACUCUUUCCUUUUACAGAGUUUGUACAAAUGAUGACAGCGAAGUGAAGACGUUGUACAGAAUGUGUUAAAUUUCUUGUACAAAAUUGUUUAUUUGCCUUUUCUCUGUUUGUAACUUAUCUGUAAAAGGUUUUUCCCUUACUGUCAAAAGAAUAUGCAUGUAUAGUAAUUAGAAGGCCAUUCCUCCAUGUUUUUCUCCUUUAUCUUACUGUCAUUGUUCUGAUUUUUGGAAAAUUGAUCUAAGUAACAAAUGUUGCAUGUGGCUUACUCUGGAUAUUUAAGCCCUUCUGCACAUCUAAAGUUAGAUGGAGUUGGUUAACUGAGGGAACAUCUGGGUUGUCUGUUUAAAAAAAAAGUAGCUUUCUUAGGAGACUUAGGUAUGACUAGUGUAACAAAUUACAUAAAGUAAGCUAGGGUUUACCAUGCAUUAGCAAUUCCUUAGUUAAAGCAACAUGUUGGCUCUAGUUCUCCAGUACAUAAAGGAGUUUAUUCCGCUUUCUGUGAUGGAGGAUAAGGACUCAUGCAGCUAACUGCAGGAUAAGACCAUGUCAAUAGUAUAUAUAUGUAUAUAUACAUAUAUACAUAUGUAUAGUAUAUGGCUAAUGCACUGUAAUCAUUCUCCUAGCUUACUUCAGUAACUUGUUUGUGGCCAUACCUGUAACAUGUUGUUGAAAUGUGGAGUCUUAACGUUGUGGACGAUUGACAGUCAACAAUAUGAAACUUAAGUUGCACUAAUGCAAAACGGGUGAUUUAUCCAGGUACUCGUACACAAGGUUUUUUUUGUACUGCUGGUCCUGUACCAGAAAACAUUUUCUCCUCUUGUUACUAUGCUUUUUAAACUUUGUUUAGCCACUUAUUUUCAAAAAAAUCUGCUUAUGGCACGAUUUGCCUCAAAUCCAUUCCAAGUUGUAUAUUUGUUUUCCAAUAAAAAAUUACAAUUUACCCA